GUUUGAUUUAAUGUUCAUGUGCGUGUUAGGGUGUGUUUGUUUUAAUGUUGACAGGCGGGUGUUGGGGUGCGUUUCAUUUACAGACAUGAGUGUGCAGCUGUGGUGUCUGUCCUUCCGUCAGCCGUAUGCUGGUCUAAUUCUGAACGGGGUGAAGACAGUGGAGACACGCUGGCGCCCCCUGUUGGCUCCGCUGGAGAACCAGACUCUGGCGGUCCACAUUGCUUGGCAAGACUGGGAGGGUGAUGAGUGGCGGGCGGUGCUUGGCGAUGUGCUGGGAUUGACGGCGGCUCAGAUUGAGCAGAUGUUGGCAUCUGGCGAGCGAUUCGGUCGUGGCGUGGUCGCAGGACUGGUGGAUGUAGGAGGCACCUGGCAGUGCCCCGCCUCCAUGCAGGGGGAGGAGCUCCAGAGUUUGCAGCGGUCGGCCGUUGUGCUCAGCGUGCAGGAGAAAACGCUGACUCAGCUGCUGAAUCCUCGCUGGCUGAAGGAGCCGCUCAGCCUCCGCGGAGGUCGUGACCUCUGGACUGUGGAGAUCCCUACUGAGUUGUUACCGUGACGACACAAGAUGCUGAAACAUGAGCUGGACAUCAUGUCAGACAUGUGAGGGGGCGUUUGCUUUAUUUAAACUGAGCUCAGAGGUCAAAGUGACAUUUUUGUCUCCUGACUAAAUUUCUCCUAAAAUCCAAAUAUUUUCAUUUGUUUGCAGAAAAUUAAAAAAGAAAUAAAUAAGUUCAUCUUCAAUAUGACAAAUCAAAUCACAUACGCGUGUGUCCACACAUGUGUCCACGUGUCUCUGUAUCUCUGUGAUCAGGUUUGUUUCAUUCCAGAGGUUUUCAGUGGGUUCAGGUCUGGACAGGACCAGGUCAGGAUCUGCUGGACCCUCACCCAAACCUGACUGUGAGCUUCGUCCUGCUUGAAAAAAAACAAUCCUCAGAGCAGAAGGAAGCAAGUUCUCUUCCAGGAUAAACUUUUUUUAUGUGUCUUCAUUCAUGUGUCCAUCAAAACGAUGAUUCCAGCCUUGUCGAAGAACCUCCAGAUCAUCACGAUCCUCCACCAAAUCUCACAAUGGGCGUCUUGUAGAUGUCUCCAGGUCUAACAUUAGAGAAAUAGACCUUACUCUAGUCCUCUGUGGUGGGUGGGGGUGUGUGUGCGUCUGUCACAAACAGAUUAAAGUUUACAGACUGGACCUUUUAAUGCUGAUCAAUC